UGGGUUGACAGCAGCAGACACCUCUCUCUUCUACCGCCAUUCCAACAGGUUUCUUGGGUUUGCAGCUAGGCUGAUACCCAGGUGACCAUGGAUACUGAAUAUGAAAAAGAUCAUAUCAAAAAGCUGCAGGAGCAGCGUAUGUUCAUGCAAAAGAAAACCUUCACCAACUGGAUGAACAAUGUUUUCUUCAGGAAUGAUGUAAAGAUUGAGAUAGACAAUAUUUACACCGACUUGAAGGAUGGCAUCUCUCUCAUGCGACUCCUUGAGCUUCUCUCUGGAGAAGCUUUGCCCAAACCAAACCGGGGAAAGAUGAGAGUGCAUUUUCUAGAGAACAACAGCAAAGCCAUCUCAUUUCUGAAAUCCAAGCAGGUACAAGUAAAAGUGAUUGGUCCUGAGAAUAUCGUAGAUGGUGACAGAACCUUAAUCCUGGGACUUAUCUGGAUCAUUAUACUUCGUUUCCAGAUUUCAUCUAUCAAACUUGAUAAGGAAGAAUUUGGAGGCAAAGCUGAUGGUCUGCUUGCCAAUGAAGCCUUACUACUUUGGUGUCAGCAUAAAACUGCCAGCUACUCCAAUGUGAAUGUAAAGGACUUCUCCAAAAGCUGGAGUGAUGGACUGGCCUUCAAUGCGCUCAUACAUGCUCACAGGCCUGAUCUUAUCCACUAUAGCUCACUACGGCAGGACCAGCCCAUCAAAAACCUGAAUAAUGCCUUCAAUGUUGCUGAGAAAGAGCUAGGAAUCAGUAAACUGCUUGAUGCAGAGGAUGUGGCCGUACCCUACCCAGAUGAGAGAUCCAUCAUGACUUAUGUUUCACUCUAUUACCACUACUUCUCCAGACUGAAACAAGGACAGACAAUACAAAAGCGACUUGCCAAAAUCGUGUUCUUCCUGAAGGAGAUAGAUGACUUGAAGCUUCUAUAUGAGCAGAUGGUCUCUGACCUGCUGAAAUGGAUUAAACAGAAGGUGACAGAACUGGAUGAUCGUCGUUUCCCUAACUCUCUUCAGGAAAUGUGGCUGCUGAUGGCCAACUUCAAGACCUUCCGCACUGUGGAGAAACCUCCCAAAUAUCAGGAGAAGGGCAUGAUUGAAGCUCAUCUCUUCAACAUUAGGACCAAGCAGAGAGCCAACAACCAACGGCCAUACUUGCCCCCAGAGGGGAGGACACUGCAGGAUGUGGAAAAGCACUGGAUUAUCCUGGAAAAGGCAGAACACAACCGGGGAAAAGCACUGCAGAAGGAGAUGCUGAGGCUAGAAAGGCUGGAACAGCUAGCCCAGAGGUUCCUGAAGAAGGCAGCCCUGCGUGAGUCCUACUUGGAAGACAUGAGGAAAGUGAUUGGGAAGCAGGACUUCUGGCCAGAAAGUGUAGACAGGAUGGAGGCUGCCAGUAAGAAGCUGGAAGCCAUCGUAGCAGAUGUACUCCCCAGGAGGGAACGCUUCACAGCUUUGGAUGAAAUGGCCACGGUCAUCAGCCGGGAGAACUAUCAUGGCAAAGACCAAAUUGUGAAGAAGCAAAACAGCAUUUCAAAGCAAUGGCAGGAUCUUCUGGAACAGCUGCAGAGACGACAACACUCUCUGGGUGUAAUGCAGGAAAUUCUGGGCCUCCUGAGGGACACUGAUGCCAUUAUCGAGGAGCUGAAAGAGCUGCAGGGGCUAGUGAGUUCUCAGGACUGUGGGAAGCAGCUCCUGGAAGUAGUAGAUUUGCUGCAGAAGCACAACUUGGUUGACUCGCAGAUCUCUUCCUAUGGUGAUAGACUGACACACAUCACCCAGAAGACAGCAGAAAUCGGCAAGGACAGCACAGCUAAACCAGAAGUGCUUUAUGCGAAAGUUCAAAUGCUCCGUCAGCUGUAUCAGAACCUCACAGCUCUGAGCAAGUCACGAAAAUCCCAGCUAGAAGAGGCUUUGAAGCUUUUUGAAUUCUUCCGUGACUGCAAAGAAGAAGAAUCGUGGAUCUCUGAGAAAUGGAAGCUAGCAAGAACAACAACAUUAGGGAAAGAUGUCAGUCAGAUUACAGCCUCCAUUCAGAAGCACAAGGCUCUUGAAGCAGAGUGCAACUCUCACAGGGCCAUAUGUGCCGAUGUGAUGAGGAGGGGCUUGGAGCUGAGCCAGAAGAACCCUAUGCGCCAAGAGGACAUUCUGAAACAGACAGACAACCUCCAGAAGUUGUGGCAGCAGCUCCAAGAUGAGCUGGCUGAUCGCAAAAGCCGUCUGCAGGCAGCAGCUCUCAUCAAACAGUACUUUGCCGACGUUGAUGAAGCAAACUCAUGGUUGCGAGAAAGGCAGCCCCUUCUGGCCAGCAAGGACUACGGCAAAGAUGAGUCGAGCACCGAAGCACUGCUACAUCGUCACUUGCGCCUGGAGAAGGAGAUUGCAGCCUACUCCUCUGAGAUGAGACGCCUGAAAGAGCAGGCCAACAUUGCAGCAGAGCAAGCUCCAGCUGCAGUGGUGAAGACAGAAGCCCUAGGUGACUUAAAUCAAAAGACAAAUAAGCUACAAUUCAGUCGAACCUGGGCAGCAUCUGAAGCUGCGUUCCCUGGAACCUCCAGUCCAGAUGUCCAUUUUCUUCCAGAGAACAUUUGGAAGACCCAAGAUGAAAUAGAUUCACUUUACGAAGAUCUACAGAGCAUGGCUGAGGAGAGAAAAAAGGCUCUGGAGGAGAUGAUUGGAUAUUACCGCUUCUGUAGCUCUUGUGAAGAAUUUCGGUCAUGGAUGAAAGACAAAGAGAAUAUUUUUCGGACUCUUCAGCCUCAAGCAGACAACGUGGAGGUCAUGCAGCAGAAAUAUCAGAGCUUUUUAACGGAACUGGCUGCAGGCAAAGGCCAGCUGGGAGAUAUUGAAAACUUAGCUGCUAAAUACGGAAAGAUCAGUCCCGGCAAAUAUUCUGAGAUCCAGAUUUGGCUGGAAGAGAUCAACAGCAGGUAA